AUGGCUAAUAUUGUGGCCCUUAUAAGCAAGAUCAGUGAAAGGUUAUUAACCGCCCAAAGCCGACAUAAGAGUUGUGUAUACAAGAAGCGGCGUGACUUGAAGUUUGAUAGAGGUGACCACGUUUUUCUCAAGGUUUCUCCCAGCAAAGGAAUCUUUAGAUUUGGGAAGAAUGAGGUUAGAGACGUGGCUUAUAGAUUAGCUCUUCCUCCAAAUUUUGAUACAGUUCACAAUGUGUUCCAUGUGUCGAACUUGGGGAAAUAUAUUCUCAAUCCAACCCAUAUUAUUCACCAUAAAGAAGUGCAGUGGACACCUGAUCUAGCGUAUGAAGAAGUCCCAACACAGAUCAUUGCUACACAAGUUAGAAAGCUGAUAAACAAGGAGAUCAACAUGGUUAAGGUCCUUUGGAGAAAUCAUUCAAGUGAUGAAGAAACGUGA